AUGCUGAUGACAAGCGUCUCGCCGGGCGCGCGCCCACUGCUGAGUUCGCACUGCCACCCUGCGAACGGUAGCGCGCCGGGGAAGCGAUUACUUCCAACGACGCCCGGACUCGCAGCUUCGGCUGUGUUUUGCGCCGCCGCCGUCAACCUCCCGUCGACCUUCGGAACGCACGCACAGCGGCGCGGCGCGCUGGUUAUCCGAAACGCAUUACCGGCGGCGACCGGCGCGCACGCGCGCGAGGUGGUGUUGCAGCCCGACGAGCCCAUGCCGGAGUUCCUGGCGCCACUGGAGAACCUCACGGCCACGCAGGGCCGUGACGUCACCUUCACGUGCGUCGUCAACCACCUGGGCAAGUACAAGGUGGCGUGGAUCAAGUCCGACUCCAAGGCGAUCCUCGCGAUCCACACGCACCUCGUGGCCCACAACCCGCGCCUCACCGUCACCCACAACGGGCACAACACGUGGAAGCUGCACAUCAAUUCCGUGCACCAGGACGACUCCGGAAUCUACAUGUGCCAGGUCAACACGGAGCCCAUGCGUAGCCAGAUGGGCCACCUGGACGUGGUGGUGCCUCCCGACAUCCUGAGCAACGGCUCGACGGACAGCGCGACGGCGCCGGAGGGCGGCACUGUGCGGCUGCGCUGCGUCGCCACCGGCGUGCCGCCGUCGCGGGUCACCUGGCGGCGAGAGGACGCCAAGGAGAUCGUGCUGCGCCAGGAGGGCGGCCGCGACAAGCAGAGUGUGCUCUACUUCGAAGGCGAGACUCUGACGCUGACGGGCGUGCAGCGGAGCGACAUGGGGGUCUACCUGUGCAUAGCCUCCAACGGGAUCCCGCCGUCCGUCAGCAAGAGGUUCCCCGUCACGGUGCUCUUUGCGCCGCUGGUGAAGGUGUCCAAUCAGCUGGUGGCGGCGCCCGUCGGCAGUGACGUCACCAUCAACUGCUACGUGGAGGCGUCGCCGGGGGCGCUCUGCACCUGGCACAAGGACACAGACGGGAAGCUGAUGGAGGGCAGCAAGUACGCGAUGAGCGAGACGCCGAUGGGGUAUUCCCUGGUGAUGAACCUCACCAUCCGCUCCCUGGAGGCGCGCGACUUCGGCAGCUACACCUGCAUGGCGAAGAACCCGCUGGGCAGCGCCGAUGGAACCAUACGGCUCCAAGAUGAUCCAACUCUUCCUGUGACAACACCAUAA